GGUAAUUUUUUACUUUAACUACUUCUGGAUUUUCAAGCUGAAACUUACGCCAAACGAUUCCUCUGAGUGCCCUGAUGACCGUACACUAUGAAUUUUCUUGUGCAAAUUGAAAAUAACAUUAGAAAAAUAAUUUUUAUUUUCACUCAUUUCACUUGAAUCGCCAUUUUUGUUGAUUUUAAGGGAUACAACGUUUGCCACCAGGGUGUGCAUGCGUUGCGUGUGCUUAUUUCUGAUUGGUUGUUAUUGUUUAGCUUCAACAGGUAAGAAUCGCACCUGCGUGUUUGUUAUGAUUAUAACACCUUCGGGUAUUCCCAGAAUGAAUUUAAAUGACGUAUUAUACCUUUUUCAUUAAAAAGUAGGUGUAUUUUUUCAUAUUUUGCAAUUUGAAUUUAUGUCUCUGUGCUCUGAUUGGCUGAUUGACGGAAGUGGGGAUGCGUUGUUGCAUUCCCGCAUUUCCCUUCACGCAAUUUACCAACAACACCACUCCAUUACUAUUUUAGUUACUAGUGGUGAACAAGGUAUUUUUUUGUGAGUGCUACGUUCUCGAGGUUAAUUUACCAAUCGUGGUGUAUAUUUCCUUUUAGUUAGCUGGGGCGCAGCCCCAGCCUCCGGCCACGAACUGUACGGCACCCUAGCUCCAUAAAAAACACUAUUCCACGUGUCGAGUUCCACGUUUUCGAGUUUAAUUGGUCGUGGGGUAUGUUUCCUUUUAGUUAACUGGGGCGAAGCCCCAGCCACGCGCAACAUAGUUCCAUAAAAACCACUAUUCCACGUUUCGAGUUCAACAUUUUCGAGUUUAAUCGUCCGUGGGGUAUGUUUAUUUUUAGGUCGCUGGGGCGAAGCCCCAGCCUGCUGGGGCGAAGCCCCAGCCUGCGGGCUAUCAUCUGUAGGCGCCUUGCCUCAUUUAUAGUUACAUUUACGGUUAAUAUCAUUUAUUAGAGUGUUAAUAAUUUAAAAAGUCUACGUCAAGGUCAUUCAAAGUCGAAUUUUUCGAAAACGGGGCAUUUGCACAAACUUUCAUGGUCAUAUCUCUGAUCUAGAGGCUUUUUAAAGCAAAAUGCAAAAAAAAAAUUUCAAAAAUCCAGAAGUAGCUAAAGUAAAAAUUUACCCGUCUCUACCCCCAUGUGAACCCCCGAGCCAGAAUCGGAACAACCGUGACAUCAGAUCACCUGCCGCUCACGUCACCUUCAACGUCCCUCAGCCCCCCGCACAGCCAUUCACCAUCCACAAGUUUGCCCACGCAGAUUGGGAAAAAUUCCAAAACACCAUCACCACAAAUCUCCCAGAAGCCGCUCCAACCGUCAUCCCCCAGGACAUCAACCGACAAAUUUCCGACCUAACCAACCGCGUCAUUUCAGCCCGAGACGCCGCCAUUCCAACAGCCAUCAUUCCCAAAUUUCGCCCCAGCAUUCCUCCCGACAUUCUCGGCCUCAUUCGAGAAAAACGCCGAAUUUUUCAACAAUUUCUUCGCACCCGUGACCCAUUUCUCAAGACCCAAUUCAACAGACUCAACGCCCAAAUCCGGAGAGACAUCAAUCAACACCGCGAAAACCAAUGGAUCUCCACCUGCCAAUCACUGGAUUACAGAGACGAUCACCCGAGGACAAAGACAAGACUCUUCGCCGACGACACCGCAAUCUGGUUAUCCCACAAAUCUCCCUCAAUAGCCGCCAAACGCAUCCAAACCCAACUCCAACGCAUCCAACAGUGGACCAACACCUGGCGCGUCAAACCCAACCCCACAAAAUCCCAAUCCAUUACCAUGUCGUACAAAUGCUCCAGACGUGCCCUCUCUCAACCCAUUCAACUUCUCCUCAAUAAUCAACAAAUUCCCCAUCUCAAAACCAUCAAAUACCUCGGAGUCACCUUCUCACACACUUGUUCUUUAGCCCCCGACAUUAACGAAACCCUCAAAAAAGUCCGAAACCGCGCCAACCUUCUCUAUCUCAUCCGUGGCCGCCUUCACGGCUGCAGCCCCCAAACUCUUCUUUACACCUACAACUCUUUCAUCCGCCCCGUCAUUGAAUACCGUGCCCCAAUCUAUGCCUCUAUCCCCCUCAACCAACUUCUUCAAAUCGCCUCCACCGAACGCCGAAUCCUUCAAAAAAUUUUCCGACUUGACCCCAGGUACCCCUGUCAUCUCAUUCACGCCACCACCGAAACCACCCCCCCCCUACUGCUCUUCGUCAGUCCUCCUACGAUUUUCUCCCGCCAAUUCCCCAACAACUCAUUGACGAAACCCCACUUUCAUUGCGAUAACCUCCCAAACAACUUUUAUUCCACCCCGACCAGAUUGCCAGAACCAGGACCAUCGCUCCCAAAACUCUCCACUCCCGGACUCGCCGCCCCCAGGAUUUACGCCCACUUGCGACAAGCGCCCUAAUUUUAGAUUAGCCUAGAUCAAGCCACAUAAUAAUUAAGACACCUAUUGUUAGUUAGUUUUAAGCCUAUAAACUGUAAUUAAUUAAAUAUCUUAAGUAACCAUUGUACUUGCUGAAAAGGCCUUAAGCCUCAGCAGCGCCAAUUUCUAUUGUUAAUUAGACCUAAGUUUGUAAAAAAAAUCAUGCAGAAAUAAAGAGAUUUGAAAA